AUUUUGAUACGUUAAACAAUGCGCUUAAAUGUCAACCCAACCCCACCCACAGUAAACUCAAAUGCCAGAGGCAUUGAUACUUCCCGGCAUGGCUGACGCAGAGCCGGACUUAUCUACAUUCGAGAACAAAACCGGACUGGCCGAGGACAUGAAGUUUCUGGCCUCCAUGCCCGAGCUAUGCGAUGUCACAUUUCUCGUAGGCGACACCCGCGAGCCCGUCUGUGCCGUCAAGGCCGUAUUAGCCUCACGCUCACGUGUAUUUGCCAAAAUGCUUUAUGCUGCGCCAUCGCCCCAACGCAAGCGCGAGAACACCACCAAGGAGAACAAGCUGCGUCUCUUCCUCAAGCGCUCCUCGGAGCCGCUGCUGAAUCUUCAGAAUGCUGCACAACAGAGAACUGGUUUCACCCAACAAUUAGCUCCGAUACCCGAGCCGUCUGGUCAACAGCAUCAGACGCUUAUUAUAGAAGAGUUUGAGCCCGAUGUCUUCCGUCAGCUUAUUGAAUAUAUACACACGGGCUGUGUCACUCUCCAGCCUCGCACUUUGUUGGGCGUCAUGAACGCCGCCGAUUAUUAUGGACUUGAGGAGCUGCGACGCGCCUGCGCCGGCUUCGUUCAAUGCUGCAUCAAUGUGGACACGGUCUGCGCCCUGCUGGCCUCCGCCGAGCGUUAUAUACAAUACAAGUGCACCAAGACGCUGGUGCAGAAGGUGCUCGAGUUUGUGGACGAGCAUGGCAACGAGGUCCUCAAUCUGGGCAGCUUUACACUCUUGCCGCAGCAUGUGGUGCGCUUGAUUCUCGCACGCGAGGAGCUGCGAGCCGACGAGUUCACCAAAUUCCAGGCUGCACUCAUGUGGAGCAAGAAAUACUACGAUAACAAUCCAAAUAUUGACAUUAAGGAGAUCCUGGGCAGCUUCUGUGAGUACAUCCAGUUCCACAAGAUUCCGGCGAAUGUGCUGAUGCGGGAGAUACAUCCGUUGAACCUUGUGCCAUAUGCGAUCAUCAUGAAUGCUCUGGCCUACCAGGCAGACCCAGAAAGCAUCGACCCCGGAAAGCUGUCUCCCAACUCUAGCCGAUUGAACGAUCCCUCCUCCUCCUCCUCUCACCAUAGACACCGGCACCACCACCAAUCCCUGCCCAAGAUACGCAAGGCCAAGUCACAAUCCUUCCGCACACGCCGCAGCCCCUCCGAGCGUCGCAGUCCCAACGCGCCCUCGCUCACGCUCAACACCAAUAAUCUGCCCAGCGGCGACAAGAAACGCAGUCCACUCACGCCCAAAAGUCCUGUGCUACCACAGCCAGAGUCCAAGAGUCCGGGCAGCAGCUCCCAAAAGACACCGACGACGCUCUCUCGCCAGGGAACGCUGCGCGCCUCUACGCGCCGCAAGAACAGCGACCAGCUGACCAUCUCCGGCCUCAGCCAAGGCCGCCGCAGUCCUGUGGAUCGCAGUCCGCAAGGACGCCGCAGCCCGCUCUUCCCCAGCAGCGGCCUGCGCUCGCCCAAUGAGGCGCCCAGUCCGACGGCUCGCAGUCCUACUGGCGAUUCCCAGCGUCGCAGUCCCACGUUCAGCAUCCAAGUGCAGACUCAGGAGCGACGCUCGCCGUCAGGCACGCUGCCGCCCUCAGAUUUCAGCUGCCAGACGCGACGCAGUCCCACCUCGACAGUGCAUGUGCAGGACAUGGCCACGGAACCGGAGGAAGCGGGCUUUGUGGGCCUCAAGCGUCCCUCAAUCAAUCUGUUUACGCCCAUUUACUUUGCCAGCGAGAAACGCAGUCCCAUGGGCCACUUCAUACCGCCCAUCACGGUGUCCAAUCCCGCCGAGACCUACAAGAGCGCUGAGCGCGAACGCGAGCGCGAAGCUGCCGAGGCAGCUGCUCGCAAGAAGGAACAGGAGGCAGCAGCUGCGCAAGCGCCGCCCGAAAAGAAAAGCGUCAUGCGUGAGAUCUUGGCCUUUGUUAGGAAGCCCUCCAAGCAUAUAACAACGCGCACGAAUCGCUUUGCCAACGCCUUCACACGCGCCGAGUCUGGCUCCUCCAGUGGGCCGCUCAUACGCCAGAGCACAUUCUCGGCUAGUCCAGCUGCUUCCUCCACUGCCGCCAAGAGCGCCGUCCAGAAGCAAAUGUCCGAGGUGGGCUUCGAGCCCAAGAUGUCGCUCAAGUUUACGCACUACGCCAAAAUGUCGCUCAAGCUGCGACGCUCCACCAAACGCGACGACGAAGAGAAGCAACAACAAGAGAAGCUGCAACAGCAACUGCAGCAGAGAAAGGACUCCAGUGGCACUUUGCUGGAUCAGCCAACGGCGAGCAGCUCGCAUCGCGGCUCGCGGGAUCAGGUAGGUGCAGACGAUGAGCAGCCGUUCGAGCUGGCCAAUGUGCACUUUGAGAAGGUAGGUGAGUCCUAUAUCAAGCAUGAGCGUCUGCGCGAACUGGUCGAGCCCGAGCAGGAGACCUCACUGGAUGAGCCAGAGCAGACAGAUGCCGCGAUGGCGCAGUUUGUGGAGGAGGUAACCAAUUCGCUCAAGGUGGUGGCCCUCAAUGGCGAGGCCGGCGCGCCAGCGGUGCAUCACUUUACGCGUCGCUCCGAGAGUCGCGAGCCCAUCGAGCCACGCAUUAGCGAGGAGCGUGAGUCCGACUCCAAUGAUCUGUUCAUACCGGACGAGAUGCGGGUCGAGCUAGUGGAGAUUUUGAAGGCCUAUGCACCAGAGCCAGUUUAUGUUAAUCUGCAGGCGCUGCGGCGCGAAACCGAGGAGGCCGAGGCGGUGGCGCGUGCUGUGGCAGAAGCGGCCGCUGCAGUCGCCGCAGCUGCAGCCGCCGCCGCCACAACAACAACAACAAUAGAAGCGAGCACGCCGCCGCCGCCAGAGAAAUUGCCGCUGCAGUGUCCUACUAUUGAGUUUGAGCCGCCAUCGCGUCGCUCGUCCUUUGAUCCGCCGCGCUCGCCCUUCCUGGAGCAGCUGCGCAGUCCGGGCGUGGAUACCGAAACGGAUUUGAUAAAUCUGCAGCGCCUGGACUCGGGCGGCGAUAGCUUUGAGCUUGGCGAUGGCGAUCGCAAGUCGAGUCGCGCCGAGUCCAGCUUCGAUUGUCCCUACUCCUCGCGCGACACAAGCUUCGAUGUGUCCAUCUCGCGCUAUCAGUCCACCAGCUAUGAGGAUCAGACCUCGAGCUUUGAGAUUGUGGACACCGAUGAGCGGCGCCGGCACAUAGAUCUGCGCAAGAGUUCCAUUGAGCUGGUGGAUGCGGAGACUUUCCAGCGCUCGGGCUCCUCGUGCGGCCGCAAAUCCUCACUGGAGACCCAUUUCGAUUACACGCCAUCGGAGACGAGCGGCAUGACGCCGGCGCGCUCCCCCAACUUUCCCAUGACCAAAAAGCAGAAGAGCGAACACUUUCGCCAGCUGCACAUCUCCUCCUUCAGUGCCUUCUCGCGGGCACGCAGCCCGCUCUCCCAGCAGACCUCCUCUAAUUACAGCUCGCGUGACAGCUACGACUCCAGCUCCAGCUAUCCCCAUCCGCAUGGGAUCGAGCUGCAGCGCAGUCCCUACGCCGAUCCCACCAAGAAACACUUUCCGCUGACUAUCAAGCAGCGCGAGGAGGAGGUCAAGACCUUUCUAUGCACGGACAUGCGCUGUGCCUCGAUUUUCGAGCCGCGCCCCAGCUCCGUGCUCACACAGCAGCUCUCUACAGGCUCCAUGACCACGCCCUCUGCCUCCAUAAGCGUCUCCGCCUGCGCCUAUACCGGCUCGCCACGUGUGCCCAGCGCGCUGACUGCCGCCGCAGCUGCUGCAAUUUCCGGCGCGCCCCAAUCUCCACAAGUGCCCCCGCCUGGCUGCUGCGGCUUCUCCAGCGGCAGCGAGUUCGAGCCGCCCUCUCCACGCCGCGCAGCCAGCGCCUCACCCAAGCACACAUUCACCUUUCGCAUUGUGAUGAAGAAGGUGGACAGUUCGCCGGAGACGCUGUGCCCGGAGCGGCAUCGCUCGCGCAUCAUUGAUCGCUAUCGCAGGCGCGACAGUCGCCGCAAGCGCAUCCAGGAUGCUGCGGGCAAGAGUUUCUAAGCUCCUGCCGGCGGAUCGAAGGACAAUUAAAAGGCCUACGCUUAUCAAUGAUAACCGAAAUACAAUUUUUUGACAAUCUCAGUGUGUAUGUAAUCCAAGCAUUUUUCGAAAAUAGUCUGUGUAACUAAGAAGACCUUAAGGACAUGCUAAGUAUAAGAAUCAGCGUAUGCUUAAGACUUAGGACAACUCUCCAUACUGCGCGUAUAUCAAACUUUAUAAAAUGGUUCUGGUUUUAGGCCGUUUCAAAACUCAAACUCAAACUCAAAGCAAAUAUGAGCAAACAAAUUUAAAUUUAAAUGCUAGUUAUUAAGCUAUUAAGUAUUAAUUGUAUGUUUAUUGUAUUUGGUACUAUCACCAGCAGGGUUCAUCUGUAUUCAACUAUAAUACUCUCGGUUCAAGCUUACAAAGGUACAAAUAACAAACAGUAAACUUUACAUUGUAAUUCAAUUUGCAACUGCAUAUAUAUUCUAAAUGUGUGUGUGUGUGUGACUGUGUGCGUGUGUGUGUACGUGAAACAAUAAUUCCUCCCACGAUUUACCUGAUUACUAAUAAAUAAAAUAAACAAAACAAUAGUUAAACAAAUC